UUAACCGAAGUGUGACACUGAGCGAAUCAGCAAGAAAUCUAGUGUCAGCAAUUUUGAGCAAUGAAGAGAUUAUUAACACACUGGCGAAUGCAUGUACGGGCCAAAACACUGGUAACAGUAACCGUAUCCAGUACCGUUCUCCCGAUGAAGAAGUUUAUUCACUUUUUCAUCGUGGAAGACCGAAUGUAGGGAACCUCGCUGGCCAGGCAGGUCCCUAUCAUCAGGCUAACGUCAACACGCCUUCAACGUCAACCUUCAACCAGGUGGCCCCCACUACAGCACCGACUUAUAAUUUUCGCCCCUCAACGCGAUCGGGCCGAGGACACAGAAGGUUUCAGGCACAAUUGAGCUGUCCUGUGGCUCAGUCUUUUACCAAAGAGGUAAUUCUCUUGCCACACCAUAAAUCAACAAAUGUACCAAGGCGGGCCAGCAAAGCUUGGCUUUUGAAAAGGGACAUAUUAAAUCUGCCCUGGAAUUUCGCUGUGACUGGGAUUCCGGAAGAGUGUUGCAGGCAAUAACGGUGGCCUUCCAGCCAAUUCUGGAGGGCUGCAGGUUACAAAUCCUGAUGCCUUGUCACAACAAACUAGUCGAGCCAUCCCUAACCUCCAAUCAAAAGUUGAGUGGAGGCCUUUUGAAAAAACUCUUCCAUCAAAAGUCCAUUUACGUCAGGCCUGACAAGGUCAUUUUGAGUGAAGAAAACCAAUCUCCAUCUUCUGGGGAAGACAGCCAUGCAGAGAGCCUUGAUUUUGCUCAAAUGUCAGACAGUGACAAAUGUGUCAUUGGUAGUGUAGGUGACAUUUCCAAAGAAGUUGUCUCAGCUAUCUCCACUGUUGAGGCCCAGUCCCUCUUCAGAAAUAACCCUUCCAUCUCCAGUGGUGAUCAAGUUAUCUGGUGUGUUGCUACCGAAGAUAUUUGCACCGAUGCACCUUCCAUCUCAGCUGACACCGCCACCAUGUCCACUAGUCCUCCUGUCAUCACUAUUGAUGAGACCCUCAUCCUGUCCAGUGGAACCUCUGCAAUCUCCAGUGGCAACACCUCUGGUGUGUCCCAUGGUCCCCAACCAUCUGGCAAUAUUUCAUCCAGCACAUCCUACAGUACAUACCUGGACCUAUUUGAGGAAGAAUAUCUCUCUGAUGACCAUGAUCUCCAGGAAGCCAUUUCAAGGUCUUUAGAUUCCAGUGCAAGUGAGAGUGAUUUAAAGGUGACGUUGGAGAGAAUAAUGGAGCAGAUUGCUUCUCGAGUAAAUAAUGACAGCACUGUACGCUUCAAUAUUGUCAGAAGAAAUGUGUGGGAUGGAGCAUCCAGAGCCAUGGGCAGAUCCAAUUUUUCACCCGAGAAGAAGGUAGACGUUAAGUUCACUGAUGACUAUGGGAUAUCUGAGGGUGCUGUGGACAAUGGAGGUCCUACUCGUGAGUUUUUCCGACUCUGUCUACACGAAAUCAAGGACAAGAUUGGCAUCUUUGAGGGUCCACUUAAUGCUAAAGUCCUUACAUGCAACUCCAAAGCAAUGAAAGACAAUGGAUACUUUUAUGCUGGUCAGAUCAUGGCAAUGUCAAUCGCCCAUGGGGGGCAGAGUCCGUGUUUCCUUUCUGAACUCUUGUACGAGUGUCUUAUAAAGGGUCCAGACAACGUGAAGGUCAAAACUGAACAUAUUACUGAUGAAGAAACAAGGUCACAGGUGCAGUCGAUCUUACGGGCUGAGACUGAAUCACAACUGCAAGAGGCAGUUGCACAGGCAGCCAGCUUAAUCAGUCUUGCUGGUCACAAUGUUCGCAUAACACUGGAAAACAAAAAAGACACUGCUUUGGACUUGGCACACUGGUAUGUCCUCCAGCGGACCCGUGCACCUUUUGAAAGGUUCAGAGAUGGUUUAACAUCUCUAGGUGUCCUAGAUGCUCUCCAGAGAUACCCUCUACAAACAAAGUGCCUUUUUGUGAAGGCUGAAAAGGGUUUAACAGCAACUGAUGUGGAGAAUCUCUUUGAGAUCAUUUACUCCGAAAGAGGGAGUAAUGCAUUUCGAGAAGAGUGCCGGAUCCUGGCUUUCUGGCAAGACUAUCUUCAGGAUGCUGAAAUUGAAAACGAUGUCUCUCUAGAAGAUAUUCUUGUUUUCUUCACUGGAUGUGACAGCAUUCCAGCCCUGGGUUUCUCUCCAAAGCCCAGCCUUGAAUUCAUCACCCACUCCCGAUUUCCAGUGGCUAAUACUUGCGAAAAUAUUCUUCGCAUACCAGUUCAUGCAGAAUACACUGAUUUCAGAUCUGACAUGAAUUUUGCCAUACGCAAUUCACCUGGAUUUGGAAGAGCAUGACUUAAAAAAUAAUGGAUGGCUUGUAAAGCUUGUUAUGAUUUUUCUUUUUUUUUCUUCAUAAGUGCAAGGUUUAUUUUUGUUUGUUAUCCCAUGGAGAAAAAUCAAGCAUUUGCUGUAAUAACAACAUGAAAAAUAUACAGUAAAACAUAGUUCUAAGUUUUUGAAGAUAUUUUUCAAGCCAUGGCUUUGUGUUUCAGAUUUUAUAAUGUGAAAUUUUUUAAGUUGAUAAAAGUGGCAUUUUUUGUCUUCUUUUUAUUUAAAAACACAGUUUGGUUAUGGUUAAGAAAAGGUCAUGGUAAGAGUUAAAAAAAAAUCAUACAUGGCAAUCUUUCAAAUCCGAUUUGGGGUAGCUAGAUGUGUCCAAACAAAUGUACAUAGCUAUGGGUCUUAAAAGAACAAGUUGCUCUAACAACCCAUUAGUUCUUUUUGUACAGGAGGACAGGAUGGUUGUUGUAAAUUGUUUUAUAAAUGUUGUCCAGCCCCAUUGCUAUGGCAGAAUAUUGAUUCAAGGUUGUGGUAUGGCCUUCUAACAAAUAAAUGAUUCUGGUUACUACUUUGUGUGUACUGGCUUACUGGCUUUUUAUUAUCUAUUGUGGUGGGAUAUGUGCAUCGCAGACUUUAAAUGUAAUAUUUUUCUAUUAGAUAGUUAACAAAACUGUAUACAAAAUGAAGUAACUUAAGUAAUAAAAACACAGGGUUCAUCUUUGUCAAUAUGGUUAUAAUUAUACAUUUUGUAAAAUGAUACAUAAUAUACACAGCACACAUGUACAGUACAUAUGUGGUGAUAAUUGCUAUGGGUUUUUGUCAAAUUAUUAUUAGUCAUUUCUUUGAAGCAGGUCACAUGCUGAUAGAAAAUGUUCUAUCCCAUGAUUUCCAUCGUCAAUCAUUGGAUUAAUUUGCAUUAAAUCAACGUCCCAGUGGUGGUAAUAAGGGGGUUGCACAUGCACAUGAUUCAGUCUUACAUCUUGAGGCAGUUGGAGCAUUCCCACUGUCCAGAGUUGCAGUGGGGACCUGCUCUCCAUUGUCCUUAAGCUGUGGUUGUUCCACUGCCUUACAAACUCAUCCACAGAUCUGUUUACUCUUGGAAGGUAAACAUGGUAAAGAGCCCUAAUGUGAAGUGGGUCAGUGCUGUCUAAAAUUCCAACAUUUUCCAUAAAGAGGAAAAGGUCUUUAAAAUAUGCUGACACCACCCUGUUUAGUUCUCCCCACAAUCUUUCGAUUCUUUGAUUAUGAA